AUGCCUUCUCCAAGAAGAGUUAAGAAGAACCACAAAGGCAAGGCUCGCCACUCGUCAGACCCAUCCGUGAUAUUCUUUAUUCCCGAGCUCCUCGAAGCAAUCCUCUUGAACUUGGACAUGCAUACGUUGUUGAUCUCGACCCGAGUCUGUUUCACAUGGAAAGAUCUGAUCACGAGCUCGCGCAAGAUUCAGCAGGCCCUGUACUAUGUUCCUGUCGAGCCGCAACGAAAACCCAGAAAGAAUCCUCUCGUGGGAGAAAGAUCUGGCCCGAAUUCAUCUACACGCAACUUCACACGCAAUGUAGAGUGGGAGGAGACUAUUGUGGCUGGUGGAGCUAUCCUCACAUUGCAUCCGAAAAGAGAGAAGAAGCGUUUUUGCGCCCUGAGGCAAGUUGGCGGCGGAUGCUUCUCCAACAGCCCCCGACCUCAAUUGUCCGAUUUUGGCACCCUAAGCACCUCGACAAGCCCUAUCAGCAUCAUCAUCGCUCUGGACAAAGCUUCAAAAUUGGCGCUAAGUGGAUGCCAAAUGGAGAUUAUAUUCGGAUGA